AGGAAAGCUGCCUUGAGGAGACGGCACACGCUCCGCCGCCUUUUCGCGGGACUCGAGUCUGCUUCGCGAAAAGAAAGCGGGCGACGACGACGACGACGACGACGCCUUUCCUUCGGAGCAGCCCGCCGCCACUUUCCUCCCUCCACACCUCCCGCGUCCGCAUUUUCCUACUGCGGCGCGCCCCGAGCUCAGUUAAAACUCAGAUUUGGUUUGGAUGCCUUUUACAUUAAUUUGACCUGCCUAUGUAAAGAAAAGGCUCUGGGAGAAAUGCUGAAAAUCACUUGACUUCCUCUUUUCAUGGAAAACUGAACGGAAUGUGGUGUUAAAUCUGUGAAAGGAGGCCUAUAGAAUUUAGCUGCAGUAAUGAGUUCUGAAGAGAAAGCUGUAUCUCCUGCUCACAGAACCUCCACACCAUCACAUAAAGCUGACUCCUCUUCAUCAUAUUCCCAGUGGGACACUAGGCAGAGUGGUCAUGUGUUAGAGCGAAAUGCUUCUGUUGGAAGCACAGACUUAAUUAUUGGGAAACAGUUGUCAGAGAAUGAACCAAUCGCUGUAUCUAAAGAGCCAGACAGCUGGGAAAUUAUAGAAGGCUUGAAAAUUGGCCAGACUAAUGUCCAGAAGCCAGACAAACAUGAAGGAUUCAUGCUGAAGAAAAGGAAAUGGCCUUUAAAAGGCUGGCACAAGCGCUUUUUUGUUCUGGACAAUGGAAUGUUGAAAUAUUCAAAGUCACCAAUUGAUACUCAGAAAGGGAAGGUUCAUGGGAGCAUAGAUGUGGGGUUAUCGGUUAUGUCAAUUAAAAAGAAAGCACGUAGGAUAGAUCUUGACACCGAGGAACAUAUCUACCAUUUAAAAGUAAAAUCCCAGGAUUCAUUUGAUGCUUGGGUGUCAAAGUUGCGCCAUCAUAGAUUAUAUCGUCAGAAUGAAAUUGUGCGAUCGCCACGGGAUGCCAGUUUCCACAUAUUCCCUUCAACUUCCACCACUGAAUCUUCACCAGCUACUAAUGCCACAGUGCUGGAAACUAAGGUCUCACAGAAUAAUUUCCCCUGGCAACCGUCUAUCCCUUGCAGUAGCAGUCUACCUGAAACGUGUACUUCUGGCCAAAGUAAAGUAGUUGCUUGGUUGCAAGAAUCAGAGGAGAUGGACAAGUGUGCAGAAGAUCUCGCACAUUGUCAAUCGAAUCUUGUAAAACUCAGUAAAAUUCUUCAGAACUUAGAAAUACUUCAGAGAACUCAAUCAGCACCUAGCUUCACAGAUAUGCAGGCUAACAGUGUAGAUAAGAAAGACAAGCGUGUCACCAGAAGAUGGAGAACAAAAAGUGUGAGCAAAGAUGCUAAAAUACAGCUUCAGGAAGGGACUGCGCUGAAGGGCCAAUUCGGUACUACACGGCGCCGGCAGAGACUAGCAGCAGCAGUGGCUACAACAGUUCCUUUCAGUACUACAAUGUCUCCUGUUCGCCUACAUUCAUCUAAUCCUAACCUUUGUGCAGACAUCGAAUUUCAGACCCCACCCACUCACGUAUCGGAUCCUUUGGAAAACCCCACAGACUACAUAAAACUUCAGGAAGAGUUUUGCCUCAUGGCUCAGAAAGUACAUUCUCUUUUAAAGUCUGCGUUUAACAGUAUAGCAAUAGAAAAGGAAAAGCUGAAACAGAUGGUAACAGAACAUGAUUUCACAAGACACAACACACAGAUGAUACGUCUCCGACAAUCACUUUCUCAGGCUCUCAACCAGAAUGCUGAACUAAGGAGUCGUUUGAACAGAAUACACUCAGAGUCUGUUCUUUGUGAUCAGGUUGUCAGUGUAAAUAUUAUCCCUAGUCCUGAUGAGACAGGUGAACAGAUCCAUGUCAGUCUCCCACUUUCCCAACAAGUUUCUAAUGAGAGCAGGCUCUCUAUGUCUGAAUCUGUCUCUGAAUUUUUUGAUGCCCAAGAAGUGCUUCUAUCUGCAAGCUCAUCAGAAAAUGAGGCUUCUGAUGAUGAAUCUUACAUAAGUGAUGUGAGCGACAACAUAUCUGAGGACAACACUAGUGUUGGAGACAAUAUUUCUCGGCAAAUAAUGAAUGGUGAGCUAACAGGAGGUGCUUUCAGAAAUGGACGAAGGACAUGUCUUCCAACACCCUCCCCUGAUACUAGUAAUAUUAAUCUGUGGAACAUUUUGAGAAAUAAUAUUGGGAAGGAUCUUUCCAAAGUAUCAAUGCCUGUAGAGCUCAAUGAGCCUUUGAAUACUUUGCAACACCUUUGCGAGGAACUGGAAUAUAGUGAACUUUUGGACAAAGCUGCUGAAACCGAUGAUCCUUAUGAACGUAUGGUAAUGGGCCUGAUUAUGGAACAUAUCAUGGUGUUCCAUAAUGUGUUCCUUCUCUCUUAGACCUCUGGUAUUUUGCAUUCUCUAAAAGGAGUGAUGCUGGCAAAAUGAGGGCCUCUAGCUUAUACAAAAGUACCAUUUGUUUGCCUAUAAAAUGUAUUUUGUAACAUACUUAAAAAAUCCAAGAGAGCCUGCCCUUUUCUCUGUGACUCUUCUGGGUGAGAAACAUAAAAUAUGUUCUGACAGGAAGAGGGUACUGGGAAUUUUUAU